UUUUAGCUCAAAGGGGAUAUUUUAAGGACCAGUCAUUUAUCAAUUACUUGAAAUACCUUUUGUACUGGAAGGAGCCAGAUUAUGCCAGAUAUUUAAAUUUAUUUGGCUUCUGGAGCAGUUGCUCUUGCUGACACAGUUCAGUAUUUACGAUGCCAUCAAAUGUGAAAGCUGGAGAACGUAAGAACGUGAAGACCAAGCGUAGGAAGAGGACCAAGAAUAGCAGUGAUCAUGAUGGCUCAGAUGGUGACCUUGAAUUGGAUAGAGAACUCUAUCCCAUUGGUCAUUACAUAUCAGAUCGGGCUGAAAUGAUUGAGCAGAUGUUUAACGUUCUCAAAAAAGACAAAAUACAAUCAAUGCUUCCCCCACUCUUGAAGGAAAUCCAGUGGCAAGAUUUGAAAGGACAUUGUCUAGAACAACUAAAUAGUAUGUCUGAGAAGCAAAUCGCCAGGAUCCUUGAAGGUAAACCAUAUGCUCCUGAUGUAGAGGAUGACAAAUCUGAGCAGAAACCAAGUGUGGACUUGGUGUCGAGUUCAAGCAGCAGCAGCAGUAGUAGCAGCAGCCUUACAAGUAGCAGCUGUGGUGACUCCUCUGCAGAAAGCAGUGAUGGUGAAAACAAUUUAGGAACCAAGAAUAAAACCAAAAACAAUAUGGGCAAAAUUGUUCCUGUGAAAGCAGAACCAACUAAAAUGGAGGAUGAUCCAGACAUGUUACAGAUUGGACUUUCUCCAAAAGAAAUGGGAGACUUACUUGAUGAGGAAGAAAAUGUUGAGAAGAAGGUAAAAGAGGAAUUUGUGGAUACUAGAAAUAAUAAGAAAGAUAAGGCUAACAUUGAAGUGAACCAUGAGAAAAAAGGUGAAGUAAAAGAAGGGAAAACAUUGCUGGAAAUUCUUGAACUUGAGAUGCGAGCUCGUGCUAUUAGGGCUCUUCUCAAACAAUCUGGAGCUGAAAAGGCUGGUGAUGGCAAAUCAGAAAGCUCUACCUCUAAGGAAAAAAGUGAUGGGAUAAAUAUCUCUCAGACACAAGUGAAAGCUCCACAAUCUAAAGUAGAAACAGACAAUAUUCCAGUUGUUGUUAAAGAAGAAACCAUGUCAGAAGAGGAAGUUGAAGCAGAAGUAGUCUUUGUCAGAGAGUCACAUUCACCACCUAAAAUCCUACCAGAACCCAAGAAAGUACCGCAAAAAGAAUGUCUUUCUGCAGUUUACAAUGUUUCUGCUGAUAUUUUGCAAUUUAAACCCACUGUUCUCUCUUCCACACCCAAACUGAGUUUGGUAGACACUUGUGGAAAUCCCAUUGUCAUGCCCAAAGUAAAACCUAAGAAAAACAUAAAAAAUCAGGAUGACUCUGUAAUAGUUGAUAGUGAUGACAGUGAUAUUCAAGAGGUGAAGGAUUGUGGGUCUAAUUCUCUCAAGAGAAAAGCGCAAACUGUUAUAGAUUUGGAAAGUGGUGACUUUGAUGUCGUUGAAGUGGGCCCUGAUCCAUUAAAAUCAAGUUCCAAAACUGUCUUACUCAAUAAUUCGAAGGAAUCUAUUGGUGAAGUCAGUGACAGCAAUGUAUCUGCUUGUGAAAAUAUAGAUAAAACUAGAACCAAGAGUGUAAAAACAAGUUAAGACAUUGUAACAAGUUUGUUAAUUUCCUGCCUCUAGUUGUACUGAGUAAUUUUUGCUUGCUUUGUUCUCUUAUUUUUAAAUAUUAUCUUUGGUUAUUUUUUAAAAAUUUUUGACUUGUUGAAAAUUUACUGGAAAAAAAGAAUCACCCUUGACUGUGUAGUACAUUCUUCAAUCUUUUUGAAGUCUUUGUUGCUUUAAAUGCAAAGUGAUUUACUUUUGUUCUUUAUGCCAUACACUGUUUAUAUGGAGCAAGACAGCUGUGAUAAGUUACAUUUUAUAUUCUUGUAACACUCUUAAUUGUGUGUCUCUAUUGC